CCAGCCGGAGCUGCCGGGUCCCUGUGGUUGACCUGCACCCCGCAGCGCCUCUGUCCACCUCUCGUCUGGAGCUCCAGCAUGGCUCGUGAGCAGAGAACUGCUCGCGCCUUGGUUUCACUGRCGUGCGUGAUAAUCUGCAGCACGGUGCCAUGUCCCGUCGGUGCGUCUCUGUACAACAACCGCUACGCAGGCGAUCAAGUUUUCAGGAUCACUCCAAGUGAUGAUGAGGAGGUACGAUCCCUCAAGGAAAUCCUAGGACAUAUGAAGGUGGACUUCUGGCAGCCCAACAGUGCUGUUCUGAUCCAUCAAAAUGCCACGGUGGAUGUUCACGUGAAACGUAACGACACUCAAAUUUUGCACGCUCGAUUAAUGCAGGAAAGAAUCAAUUAUCAGGUGUUUAUCUCCAAUCUGCAGAAAGAAAUUGAAAGGCAGACCGGGUCUGGCUCCUCUCGCAGGCGGAGGUCACAGUCUCAGUACGACUACGAGGUUUACCACUCAUUGGAAGAGAUACAAACCUGGAUGUUUGAGAUGAACAGAACCAACCCGGAGCUGGUCAGCAUGUUCUCCGUUGGGAAGUCCUAUGAAGGGAGACCCCUUUACGUGCUUCAGGUCGGAAAAAGAAGUCGUCCUCAGAAGAAAGCCAUGUGGAUGGACUGUGGUGUUCACGCCAGGGAGUGGAUUGGACCUGCUUUCUGCCAGUGGUUUGUCAAAGAGCUCAUCAACUCUUACAAGUACGACUCGGUGACGACGCGACUGCUCAACCAGCUCAGCUUCUACGUCAUGCCUGUCCUCAACGUGGAUGGAUACCAUUUCAGCUGGAACUCUGAUCGAUUCUGGAGGAAGACGCGGUCCAAAGACCACAUGUUCCAGUGCAGAGGAGUGGACGCCAACAGGAACUGGAAGGUGAAAUGGUGUGAUGAAGGCGCCUCCUCUCAUCCGUGCGACGACACUUACUGCGGCCCGUUCCCCGAGUCCGAACCUGAAGUCAAGGCCGUCGCCAAGUUUCUGCGCAAGCACAAGAAGCGGAUAAAAGCCUACAUUUCCAUCCACGCCUACGCUCAAAUGCUCCUUUACCCGUACUCCUACAAGUACGCCACCAUCCCCAACUUCAGCUGUGUGGAGUCGGCAGCUCAGAAUGCAGUAUCUGCCUUGUAUUCUGCGUAYGGAGUGAGGUACAGAUACGGACCGGCCUCCACGACUCUUUACUUGAGCUCUGGCAGCUCCAUCGACUGGGCCUACAGGAAGGGGAUCCCCUACGCGUUUGCGUUUGAGUUAAGGGACACGGGACACUUUGGGUUCCUGCUGCCCGAGUCUCUGAUCAACCCCACCUGCACCGAGACCAUGAGAGCCGUGAAAGCCAUCGCAGCGGGCCUGCUGAAAACGUGCCACGCAGGCGGGAACAGAUUUCCACACAUAUGAGCAAUCCACGAGAUUUCACUUUCCUCUGAGGUGAAGGACUGAAAACACACGAGUUUGACUGUUUUCUUUUUCUUAUUUUUGAGAAUUGUUUACAUUAUUUAUCACUGCUGACUAGAAAUGAGUGAUGUGAGUUACGGUUUAUGAGCCGUUAACAUCUUACCUGUUGCAAAUAGAUUUUUGAUUCACCCUGCAUUAUUUUAUUUUAUUUUUUGUCAUUUUAAU